AUGAUUAUCUUCAAGGAUAUCAUCACCGAUGACGAGCUCAUCUCGGACGCCUACAAGAUGCAAGACAAGGGCGUCAUCUUCGAGGUCGACGCAAAGAGAGUCACCAAGGGCGCUGACAACAUCCAACUCGAGGGAGCCAACCCUUCCGCUGAAGAGGCCGACGAAGGCACGGAGGAUACUAGCACGACCGUCAUCGACGUCGCCGACUCCUUCAGACUCAGCCCCGUUGAGUUCGAUAAGAAGGCCUACACCUCUGCCGUCAAAAGUUACAUGAAGUGUGUUGUCACAAAGCUCAAGGAGGCAGGCAAGAGCGAAGAUGAGAUCAAGGAGUUCCAGACCGGCGCCCAGGCCGCUGCAAAGACCAUUUUGGCCAACUUCAAGGACUACGAGACCUACACUGGCGAGUCUAUGAACCCCGAUGGAAUGAUUGUCCUCCUCAACUACCGCGAAGAUGGAAUCACCCCAUACUUCACCUUCUGGAAGCAUGGUCUCAAGGAGAUGAAAAUCUAG